CACACACUGCAGCUUCGCCUCAUCACCCUCACCGCGCAUGCACAGGACCGAAGGGGCGGGGCCGAUGACAAAAGGUUUCCCUAAGACGGUUCGGUUGAGUUGCAGUGACGUCACAUGUGAUGGACGCGAGUGACGCUUACGUAUGACGUUCCUGGCAAAAUAAGAAGAGAAGCGAACAUGGCUGCCCGGAGAGGUAAUGUCCUGCUCGGUAACAAGCUUUCCGUAGCGAGUUAUUCUUUCCCUGUUCGUUACAAAAAUCUAAAAGUCUGUUUGGUAAAGGCUUUAAAUGUCUCUGUGCAGGUUUUACAUAGUCAUUUUGAUUAUGUUGUAUUUGAGCUUCACACCCUGUAUUGAGUAGAAGGUCAGUGUGACUGGUGGUAAAUCCUCCUUGCAGUAUUUAAUAAGAUGUAACUGUGUGUGUUACCCCAGUGUCCUUGUUCUAUGGAUUGUGUGUAUUAUUAGGAAUUGCUAAUGUGCAUAUCUGUGUAAUAUGUAUAAUGAUUAUUGUUGGCCAGGUCCCAUAAGCAGAGAUUGCUGCUAUGAUAGAGGCAGUAAUAUAACCCAAUCCACGCCCUGUGUCAUUCAUUGCAUGACAGUGACUUCAAAGUGAAAGUCUUAUGUUACCUAUGCAGUUGACUCCUUAGUUUAUAUAUAGUCAUGACGGGGAAUGUUUUUCUGAGCUUGAUUACCCAAACUGCUGGGAGAAACCCAGGGUGUUUUUGGCCACACCUGCUAUAAAUUAAACACGAAUUGUAGAUUUUUAUAAAAAGGAGGGGGGUGGGGGAUUACUCAACUGUGUGAAGCAUUAGACUGAGAAAUACACUGCCCCUUGCUGUUUUACCUUUUUAUUAUCCCACUGUUUAAUGCAAUUUGUUACUUAUUGAUAAAUUUGUGCCACCCCCGCCUUUGUUGCCUUACAAUUCUUUUGGCUUUUCUCCCCUUUGUUGCCACUAAUUAAUUUUUGUAUCUCUGUUGCUGUCCUGCUUACACUUUCUCCUGAAACACACAAAACUUAAGCCUAGCCCUCUCACUGUAACUAAAUAGACCGCAAUUUAGUAACGUGUUGAUGCAAUUAUAGCUUCAAGGAAGGUGUGGAUUUAGUUGAGCAAAAACAUAUCCUUUUUAUAAUGAACCAAAAAUAACUGCAAUAAAGCAGCUGAACAAAAGAGACAUAAAAUGGAAUAAUUCAGAGCAUAUAAACAAUGCACCAAAACAAAACUGGACAGCCUAAACUUUAUAAGGACUCAGCAUGGCAGUUUGACUAUGGGAAAUCCUCUAUUUAGUUAUUGUCCAUGUUCCCCCAAAAAUACCUUGGAGCAUCCAUCAUAGAAUUAUUUAUUUUAUCCAAACACACAAAGUGGUUGUGUGGUUUAAUAUUUUUUUUUAAUAAGUAAGGCUCUGCACCACUCUUGCAGAACCCUCAAUAGACCUUACAGUUGCAAUGUUGUGCAUGCAUGAGAGGACACCCAUUUGGGUUUAACAAACAAGGCACAGGCAAAAAUGAGUCAAAAGAGUAAUGACAUUAAAGGCAUUUGUUAUGGGGGGGGGGGAGAAAUAGCUUAACGGGCAAAAAUAAGUUAUUACCCGAGCUCAAUAGGGCACGACCUGGCAACCAGUUGAAAAACAGUGCACCAACCAUGUGGACAAAAUGACAUUCAGAAGAGAAUAAAUUGUUUAUUAAUAAUCCAGUAGUGCACAUAUCAAUGCAGUUGGAAGUGAGCAUUAGGCAUUAUCGCACUCAAAUGUAAUAUAAGUGCAAUUAAUACACAUAUUAUAAUACAAACCAAUAUUAAAAAUAGACAGCAAGCUACAAUGAUGCUGAAAUUUAUAUAUACAGUACAAAAGUGAGUACAUUCCUUACAUUUUUGUAAAUAUUUUUAUAUCUUUUCAUGUGACAACACUGAAGAAAGGACACUCUGCUACAAUGUAAAGUAGUAAGUGUACAGCCAGUAUAACAGUGUAAACUUGCUGUCCCCUCAAAAUAACUCAAUCCACAGUCAUUAAUGUCUACACUGUUGGCAACAAAAGUGAGUACACCCCUAAGUAGAAAUGUCAAAAUUGGGCCAAAAGUGUCAAUAUUUUGUGCGCCCACCAUUAUUUUCCAGCACUGCCUUAACCCUCAUGGGCAUGGAGUUCACCAGAGCUUCACAGGUUGCCACUGGAGUCCUCUUCCACUCCUCCAUGACGACAUCACUGAGCUGGUGGAUGUUAGAGACCUUGCACUCCCCCACCUUCCGUUUAAGGAUGCCCCACAGAUGCUCAAUAAGAUUUAGGUCUGGAGACAUUGUAGAAAACCUGUGAAAAGUUAAAAAGAAAAAUAUUCAAUAUAAUAUAAUAAAACUUUUUUAAUGUUCAGUUAAAAACUGGGUUAGAUAAUAUUCUUGGUUUAGGACUCCGUGUAUCAAGGUUUCUAAUCCAAUGUGCUACCUCUGUCACCUCUCCUCAGAGACUCUAUGACAUGCCCAACCAAUUAUCUGAAAUUUGAGUUGGAAAACCUUGUUCCAUGCUUCAACAAAGUGAGCUGGUAGGGCCAAAUCAAAAAGAUCUGUCCUGAACCUGAUAGUAGAUUUAUGUUAUGAGAACCUUUCUUUCAGGUCAAAGGGGCUUUUUUAAAACAUACACCACAUGUGUGGUGUGUAGUGUCACAAAUUGUUUAGUUAGUGGGGGCUUUUUGUUUACCACUAUGAGGGUAAUAAGACAUUUAUCCCUGGAUUAUAGAAUGGCAACAAACACCAAUUUCUUCUGGAACAGCCAAGUCGCGAAUCAAAGGCAUUUUUUCCUUAACCAGUUUGCCCCUAAGGAAAUUAUAUCUCUUAAAAGCCAGCAUGGGUUUAUCAGCAAUCUCUGGAACAUCUGGAUGGCAAGCCAAAAGAAUGUGCCAGUGUUUGUUGAUAAUCCUUUUAAUGUUAGAGGAAAAUGUACCAUAACGUGAGAUGAAUUUAAUACUUUAGUACUGUUCUCCCUCUUUAUUUUUGGCAAAAGCAAUUAUUGUCUACUUUUUGUUUGAACUUGUGUCAAUUAUUCAUUAAAUUAGCUUAGGGGAUACCCUCACAUCUUAAAUUUGUAAUCUCACAUAGUUGUAAAUUGGCCUUGUCAGACAGUGAUACCAAUCUUUUGACUCUCCUGUACUGGAUUUUGGGAAGAGCUCUAAAAACAGAAGGGUGAUGAAAACUGCAAAAUGCAAAAUCGAUUUUCUCUGUAACGGUUUACUAAAAAUGUUGGUUUUAAGUUUUCCCCUGAUUUGAUCAUCAAAACCUGUAGACAGGGGGAAAGGGUAGUGAGUCAAUAAUCAUAAUAAAUUUGCUUGAAUAGGAGCAGUUGUUCAGAAAAAUUAAUUUAGGAUUCCAAUGAGCCACUUCACAACACCAGGCAUGAUUGAUUAGCCAUUUUGUAUUAGAUUCUACUGUUAUCUGGCUAACUGCAGCUCAAACUAACUUUACUGCUAUAACAGUAGAGUGCGACCCAAUAUGGCUGCUCAACCAGAUAAAGUGAACUAAAAUAUAAAAGUCAUGCUGGAUGUUCUCAAGCAGAGCGUGAGGAUGUUCAGCAUCAUUUAGGAGACCUAGAGUCUGAUAAACUCCUGGAACCACCUCUAGUGGCUGUCUAAUAGGCCGCAACUAGUGACUGUCUUAGCAUUGCAAUGUUUUACAUUGCAGGACUAAGAUGGACAGGUACACUGCAACCAGACAACUUCAAUGAGAUAAAGUGGUCUGGGUGCCUGUAGUGUCCCUUUAAGUCUGAUAAAGGUCUAAUAAAAAAAGGUUGGUUGAAAUAUUGUCACAAUGCCUGAAACACAAAGCACACUGGACUUUUCUCUUUACUAUUGCACAUUUUAUGUGUUACCAGUGAUCUUACAAGCUUGACAAAACGUUUUUCCUAUCGAAUUUAGUCAGAAAUAUUUACCCUGAAUUCAAGAGACUUUUGUUUUGUUUUUAUGUGUCUACUGGAGUUACUGCAUAAUAAUUUUGAAAGUUGGAGUUAUCCAAUUGCUGGUGGGAGGGCACAGCACAUAUUUCCCAGAGAUUCUAGAAUAUAUUUGAGUUGUGCAUUCCAGAAGAUCAAGUUAUAAAUGUAACAUCCCAACUUUUAUUGCAUACAUUUUGUUUUCUCUUUAAAGAUCCCAGCAGUGAUGAUGAGUCAUAUGAAGUUUUGGAUAUAACAGAAUAUGCUAGGCGUCAUCAUUGGUGGAGCAGGCUUUUUGGACGAAACUCUGGGCCACUAACAGAGAAAUAUUCUGUUGCUACGCAGAUUGUGAUGGGUGGAGUGACUGGCUGGUGAGAUUAGAUUCUAAUUGUUUUUAAUAAUUAUAUUUUUUUUAAUGUGCUUUCCUGUAGAAAAUUAAUAAAUUACAUUAUAUAUUAGUUACCUGAAACUAUUACUAAAUUUCUUCUGGGUACUAAUAAACAUAACAUACACAUGCAGUAGAAGUUCUGAAUAUUGUGUACUUUUCAUAGUGACUGAUUAGCUUCAGUGCCUAUUUAAAUAUGUAUAUUCUGCAUUUUUAGGUGUGCAGGGUUUCUGUUUCAAAAAGUAGGGAAGUUGGCUGCAACGGCCGUAGGCGGUGGAUUUCUUCUGCUUCAGGUAAGCAUGUGAUCUGCUAAAAUGUAUAUUUUUUUGUAUAUCAUUUUUGGUGUUUCACUUAUUAGUCUUCAGUACCAAGCUAAAUAUGUCCAAAUGUAUUGUUACAAAACUACACAUGCUUUAGAGUUGAAUUUUCCAUAAAGUAUUGGAAAAAUAGACACAGCUGUUAAAGUUGAAAUCUUGUGGGGUUAACUUCACUUAUAUGAUUGUACAGCCAGUGCCCACAAUGUACUCCCCCAAAAAAGUGCUAAAAACAGAAGACUGAGUUUUCACAAACCAUAAACAUAAAAUAUGGUGGUUAUAAAUAUUAUAAAAUUACUCUAGAUAGGUGAAUUAUCAUUUAUUUUUUGUAUCUUAAAACAUGUACUGUUUCUUUAAGGAAUUUGUUUAUAGCCUUAUGUAGACAACAAUGUAAAUCAUUGCAGUUUUUGAGAAAGACAAGACUAAAAGUGCCUUUAGUGGCUGUCAGUCAGACAGCCAUUAAAGGCACUUCCUUGUGGCUAAUGAACUUUGGAUUCCUGACGCUGGACGUCCUCACCUCCCACCUGUUGGACGACCCUGAUUGUCGAGGGACAUUGGUGCUAGAAUUGGGUAAGUGACAAAAGGGAUUUUAGCCCUUUAUAAGCUGAGUACAAGGGAGGGGGGACCAGACGACUCUAUUACAGUUAGGAAUACUGAUUUAUGAAUAUCCAAUAACCACGCUUGCCACACAACUGUUAUUUAAUGAUUGCUAAAUGUUUAAUGGCAGAAGUUUAAUUAGAUUUUUCUAUCCGAAUAGUAACCUAGGUGUUCAAAUUGAGAAUUGUCAGGAAUUAAAAGUGAAUUUCAAAUGUAAGACCAAAGAAGCCAAACUGGAUGCAUAUUUGACUGUUUCAGUUUUUGGCCUUAAAUAAGAAAUUACUAUUGAAUUCCCAACGUUUUUCAAUUUAGUGAAUAACCUUAUAAAUUAGCCAAGCAUUAUGUUAGAGCACUUAUAUUGACACUAGUUAACACAUUUUGAGAUUAACAGGAGAGGCUGUAGACAUAUAUUUUUGGGGGAAACUGCAGUAUUUACAUUUGUAAUCAGGGUGCCUCUUGUGGCUGUCAGAAAGCCACAAGAGUGACUUCAUUUGAUAAUUGGAACCCUUCAUUCAGCACUGACAAACGCGUAGAGAAGUAUCCUAUUGGUGCGCAUGCUCAGUAGGUUUCCACUGCUUCAGUCAGACCAGAUAUCAUCCUAAAGGAUGAUCUCAAAAGUGGAGAAGCAGCUGUCUAGCAGAGACUGCCCGACGCUCGAUAAAAGGUAAAUAAACAUGUAGAUUUUUUUUUUUUUUUUGUAUUUAUUUUUUUAUUUUCUAGUAUGUCCUAAAAAUAAAGAGAUGUAAAUAUAUAUACUUGUUUUUUACGUGUGUGUGUGUGUGUGUGUGUGUGUGUGUGUAUAUAUAUAUAUAAAAUAUUCCUUGAUUUAUAAAUAUGUUUGGCAUGCUUCACAAGUAUUGAGUUUUUUUUGUUCCUUUUUUUUUUGCUUGAAUUAAGUAAUAAUUACAUGAUGUUUUGCUUUUUAGAUUGCCAGUCAUGGUGGCUAUGUACAGAUAGAUUGGAAGAGAGUUGAAAAAGAUGUUAACAAGGCAAAAAGGAAGAUUAAAAAGCAGGCUAAUAAAUCAGCACCUGAAAUUAACACCUUAAUCGAAGAGGUAAAACGAAAUGUAUGUGGAUUUAUUUUAUUUUAUUUUAUGAAAUAAUAAAAUAUGUAUACAUUAUUAUUAUUAUUUUGUAAUCAGACUAUAUGUUGCAUAAUUGUUUAUUGAACUAUUGUGAACUUAUCACUCAAGGACUCUUAAUGUUACACUUCUAUCUACUGAAAUUCGCUUGUCAUAAACAUAGAAUGUGACGGCAGAUAAGAACCAUUCGACCCAUCUAGUCUGCCCAAUUUUCUAAAAACUUUCAUUAGUCCCUAGCCCUAUCUUAUAGUUAGGAUAGCCUUAUGCCUAUCCCAUGCAUGCUUAAACUCCUUUACUGUGUUAACCUCUACCACUUCAGCUGGAAGGCUAUUCCAUGCAUCCACUACCCUCUCGGUAAAGUAAUACUUCCUGAUAUUAUUUUUAAACCUUUGUCCCUCUAAUUUAAGACUAAGUUUGUCUAAUUAAUCUAAUUAGUACUUUCACUUUAGCAACAUAACAGCUAAGGGCAGCACCUCUCCCACCCCCCAACAAAUGCAUAUUUCAUAAAUAUAGUCAAUCCUUACCUCUACCUCCACCACCAGCGGUGGCUGUAGGGAAUAAGAUGUGUUUAUGGAGGAUACCUUGUUGUCACGGGAUCCUCUAUAGACAUCAAAGCUGUACUCUCGCAUAUGCGCUAGAGUACAGCAGUGACGUCUGCUCCGAAGAGGACUCGACAGAACAAGAUGACGGCACCCGCAAUUAACUCCGUCGCUGAUCUUUUAAAAAAAGUUUUUACUUUGUAUCAAUCUACACUUAGUACUCCAUAAUGAUUAAGCAAAUAUCUGAUUUUUAUUUUCUUUAUUGCAAAUACAUUAAAUAGCAAUAACUGAAAUAUCACAUUGACAAUUGUAAAGCUUUUUCUUAAGACAUCCAGUGAUAGGUUUUUCAGCAUGCAUGUAAUAACUAUCACAUUCACGCAGCUGUCUAUGACCUAUUUUUGGACUGCCCCACGAGUGAGGAAUCCAGCAAUAGUAGGGUCUUGCUAGAAUCAUUAAGAACUACAUUGUAGCAGCAUGUUUGGCUAUCGACAUGAAGUGUAUUUGAUCAGUUUGGUGACUGGGACAUAAACUCUUUCUUUUUGUCAUAUGCGGGUUAAGAUUCCUUUGGUGUCCUCAAAGGUGCAGAAUGGGGAUAUUAGUAAAAUUAGCAAGAUAAUUUUCAACUGGGGCAAACAGCCUGUUUGCGGGCUGACAUUUGUAAACACUCCCAUUUCUGAGGAAAGGCAGUGUUUACAAAUGUUCUUAAGGCCUUCGUUAGUGGCUGUCACUCAAACAGCAGUUAUAUACCCUUCCUAGGGUGGACCUGAACUCUUUGCAGGGCUGACAUUCAGCGUUUUCAAGUUCAGCAUGAACACGCCAAACACUUUCAAUAGAGAUGCAUUGAGCUAAUGCAUAUCUAUGAGGAGAUGCAGAUUUGUGUAGAGCAGUGGUUGUUGAACAUGCGCACUACCCCUUAUCCGUCUACUGGGCAUCAUUGGACAGGCUGAAUUAAUCUGUAAUGAUUAUCUCAGUUGGGAGGAGCAGCAGAUACUGCAAGACCUGCAUAGCUGGAGAAAUAAUGUAAGUAAAACUGAUGUAUUUAAUCUGUUAACAGGGUCCCAAUAAUCUCAAUAUAUAGAUUACGUUAAGAGUUAGGUUGUUUUUCCUCAGAAUUAAGUGGUUUGUGCUGUAGGCUUUGUGGGAAUAUUUAAAGGGACACUCCAGGCACCCAGACCACUUCUGCCCAUUGGAGUGGUCUGGGUGCCAACUCCCACUACCCUUAAACUGCAAUAAUUACCUUGCAGGGUUAACUCCUCCUCUAGUGGCUGUCAACUAGCCAGCCACUAGAGGGCACUUUCGUGUUUAAAGCACAUGCUCACGCUAUGUGAGGACCUCCAGCGUCGCUGAAAUCCCCAUAGGAAAGUAUUGAAAGCAUUUUUCAAUGCUUUCCUAUAGGGAGGUCUAAUGACGUCGGCGGGAGAGGAGCGUGGGCGGACCCUGAACCAGCGCCGAGGGACAUCGGCUCUGGAUACAGGUAAGUCACUGAAGGGGUUUUAACCCCUUCAGCAACUUGGGGUGGGAGGGAGAGGGGACCUGCAGUGCCAGGAAAACGGUUUGUAUUCCAGGCACUGGAGAGUCCCUUUAACCCCUUAGUGACCAGACUGUUUUGGGGGGGGGUUUACCAUUAAGGACCAGGGCUGUUUUAACAUUUCUUCAGUAUUUGUGUUUAGCUGUAAUUUUCCUCUUACUCAUUUACUGUACCCACACAUUAUAUACCGUGCUUCUCUUCAUUAAAUGGUCUUUCUAAGGAUACCAUUAUUUUCAUCAUAGCAUAUAAUUUACUAUAAAAAAAAUUACAAUAUGCUGAAAAAAAUAAAACAUUUUUUUUAGAAAUACCCAUUGUUAAAGGAUAGAGAUGUCGCAAACUGCUCGCCGAACUGUCCGCCGGCGAACAAUAGCGUGUUCGCGUUGGGCGAACAUAUGCGAUUUCCGGUCCGCCCCCUAUUCGUCAUCAUUGAGUACACUUUGACCCGGAACCUCACAGUCAGCAGACACUUCCUGGGAGGGAGGGUCUGCUGCUGAUUGGCUGGAAUGUGUCUGCUGACUGUGAGGUUCCGGGUCAAAGUGUACUCAAUGAUGACGAAUAGGGGGCGGACCGGAAAUCGCAUAUGUUCGCCCAACGCGAACACGCUAUUGUUCGCCGGCGGACAGUUCGCGAACAGUUCGGCGAGUAGUUCGCGACAUCUCUAUUAAAGGACCACUAUAGUGCCAGGAAAACAUACUCAUUUUCCUGGCACUAUAGUGCCCUGAUGGUGCCCCCACCCUCAGGGUCCCACUCCCGCCGGGCUCUGGGGAGAGGAAAGAGGUUAAACUUACCUUUUUUCCAGCGCCUGGCGGGGAGCUUUCCGCCUCCGACCCUCCUCUUCGGCUGAAUGCGCAUGCUUUCCUAUGGACGCUUGCGUCUUCUCACUGUGAUUUUCACAGUGAGAAGCACGCAAACGCCUCUAGCGUCUGUCAUUGAGACCGCCACUAGAGGCUUCAGAGGCUGGAUUAACCCAUUUAUAAAAAAAAAAAAAAAAAAAAAGAGUUAAUCCUAGAGGGACCUGGCACCCAGACCACUUCAUUAAGCUGAAGUGGUCUGGGUGCCUAGAGUGGUCCUUUAACAUGUUUUUAGCUUUUUUUUUGCAAGUUAUAGGGCUAUAAGUACAAGUAGGACAUUGCUGUUUCGAAAUAUAUAUUUUUAAAAUGUAUCAAUAGUGACAUUGUUACGCUGUUAUCUGUCAUAAUUCUCUGAAUCACACCUCACAUGUGCAUGUUUUUUUUAAAGUAGACAAUCCAGGGAAUUCAAUAUGGUGUAUGUCCAGUCUUUUUUAGUAGCCACAUAGUCACAAACACUGACCAAAGUUAGCAUUUAUAUUUGUUUGUGUGUUAAAAAUGCUAAUAACUAUUAUGAACGCUAACUUUGGCCAGUGUUUGUGACUAAGUGGCUACUAAAAAAGACUGAACAUACCCAAUUUUCAAUACCUUGGGUUGUCUUCUUUUGCAAAUGGGAUGCCAUAAAGGGGGAAAUUCUCCUUCCUGGGCUACCAUAAGCUCUCAACGGCAACAUAACCAAUCUGGCAAAUUUCAACGUGGAAAAAAAGGGAAAAUCAAGCCUUAUAUUUGACCCUGUAACCUUCAAAAACACUAUAAAAUCUGUACAUGGGGGUACUGUAAUACUCGGGAGACUACGCUGAACAUAAAUAUUAGUGUUUCAAAACCGUAAAACGUAUCACAACAAAGAUAUCGUCAGUAAAAGUGCAGUUUGUGUGUGAAAAAUGCAACAAACUUCACUUUCACUGACUAUCAUCGCUGUGAUAUGUUUUACUGUUUUAAAAACACUCAUAUUUGUGUUGAGCGAAGUCUCCCGAUUAUAACAAUAACCCCCAUGUAAAGGUUUUAUGGUGUUUUGGAAAAGUUACAGGGUCAAUAUAGGGCUUGCCCAUUUCAGUUUGCCAGAUUGGUUUGCUGGGUCUGUGUUGCGUUUUGAGACCAUAUGGUAUCCCAGGAAUGUGAAUUAACCCAAUCAUGGAAUACUAUUUUCAAAUGUAGACAACCCAGGGUUUUCAAAAUGGGGUAUGUCCAGUCUUUUGUAGUAGCCUCUUAUUCACAAACGCUGGUCAAAGUUAGCGUUUUUGUUUUUUGCAUUUUUACUGGUGAUAUCAUCGUCGUGAUAAGUUUUACUUUUAGCAACACUCAUAUUUGUGUUGACUAAGUCUCCCGAUUAUAGCAAUAACCCCCAUGUAAAGGUUUUAUAGUGUUUUGGAAAGUUACGGGGUUAAAUAUAGGGCUUGCCAAUUAAAUUCUCUGGACUGUCUGCUUGGGUUGUCAGGCAGAUAUAUAAUAUAUAUAUAUAUAUUUUUUUUUUUUUUUUUUACAGAAUCCAGCGCUCUCGCUUAUUCACUAAACCAUGAUUUCAAAUCUUAGAGAUUGUAAUAGCUUUAUUUAAGAACACCUCACCUAGGCCAAAAAUGAUGGGGGUUUAGUUACAUUAUAUGAUCAUACAUUGCAUAAGCCUGCCACAACGUCAAUGUACCCCAUAUUCGGCAGGUCCUAUCCUAGCAACCUAAUGCUUGCUUUUAUGAGAUUAAUCCACUUACUUGGGAAAUGCAUAUAUAUAUAUAUAUAUAUAUAUAUGUAUAUAUUAUAUGUAUAUAUGUGUGCAUAUAUCUCAAAGUACACUUAUAAUGAAAUCAUAUAUACACUUUAUAUAUGUAUAAUAUAUUAUAAAAGGAGGACUGCCUGACAGCUUAGACAGUCCCCUUGCAGGCAGUUCCAUAGACUCCUCUUGCGGCCAUGUGAUCAUGGUGAUCACAUGGCCCUGGAGGGCCGGGGUGGCCGGAGCUGCUGCAGGGAGACUGGCAGUCUCCCCCCGACCGGGAUCACCGAUCCAGGUAAGUGUAGAGCUCUUGUUUCCCGCGGUCGUUAAGGGGUUAAAGAAACUCUAUGGGGUCAGGAAUACAUGUCUGUGUUCCUAUAGUGUUACAACCCCCUCCAAAUUGGAAAGAGUUAAAACAUUUUCUUUUUCCAGCGCUGGCCCCGCCUCUUUGACUGACCUCAUUAAAAUUGAUUGCCAUGGAGGCGGGGUGGGGCCAAACACUGGCCAGGCCAAAUAGCAUCUCCUAAUAGAGAUGCACUGAAUCAAUGCAUCUUUAUGAGGAAAUGCCAGUGUCUCCAUGCAGAGCAUGAUGACACUGAACAAUCCCAGGAAGCACCUCCAUUGGCCAUCUGAGGAGUGGCCACUGGCCACAUAUUACACCAAUUGUAAUAAGAGACAAAAUAAUACUUUCCUCUAGUCAUAAUACUUUUAAUUCUUUUGUAUGAGAUAAAUUUUAUUUUUUAUUUCUCACUAUAAAGUUGACAUAAGAAACAUAGAAUUGGGGUAUAGUUAACAUUUUGGCUUCUUAAAUAUAGUGAGUAAUUCUUUCCUAUAUAUAGGAAUCCGUUUAAUUGAAAACGUUUUAUACAAGGAAACAAAAUAAAAUAAAAUGUUAUUUCACUGAAUAUUUAAGUUGUUCUGAUCUUUAUUUGUUUUUCUUUACAGUCUACAGAUUUUAUCAAGCAGAACAUCGUUGUGUCUGGUGGAUUUGUUGGAGGUUUCUUAUUAGGUCUUGCCUCUUAAAGAGCAAUGUCAUGGAAACAGCAAUAACUAUGACAAAGACUCAGAAAUUUGUUUGUAAGAAAAAGUUGCGUCAGACACCACUGAAGUAAAAUGGAAAAUGCUGAUCCGUUAAUAAAGACACAUUUUUGUUUUAUUUUUCUAAGGGGGUUCUCCUGUAGAUGCUUAACAAAGUCUAGAGUGCUUGCAAAGUCUGUGCCUACAUUAAAUGGCUGACUUUUGGCUACUUGAGAUAUGAACGUUUAUUCCUUGCACUGCUGUUCCUAUAAUGACAUUGUAUCAAAUUCAGCGUGGGUUACAUUUUUUUUUUUCCAUAUUGUUUAUGAUGCCUGGCAACCUUGCUAGAUUCCUUAAUAUUCAUGUUAGAUCAUAAAUAUUUACUUUUUAUAUUUAUUAAAUAUGUGGGGUUUGUUUUCCUCCUAACCAGUGCCAAAGCUAUGUACUGUAUUUGGCAAUCAAAGCCCUAUUGAAGAAUGUUAUUAAAAAUAAAAAUAAAAAACACUGUGUGUAUUCUAGAUUAUUUUGAAAUAGUAUAGAUCAAGCCUGCAAAAAUAAAUCACAGUAUAUGGUAA